GAAACGGUGGAAGCCGCUGCCACCGGGAUAGCAGCAGCAAGUUAUCACUGGGGGCUGCAUGCUUGGGCUACUUAUUGUAUUGUCGGGAUCGCCGUUGGGCUCGCCGCUCACAAUAGGGGACUCCCACUCACCAUCCGCUCAGCGUUUUAUCCGAUAUUCGGUGACCGGAUAUGGGGCUGGCCCGGACACAUCAUUGAUACAGUUGCUAUUUUCGCAGCACUUUUUGGACUCGCAACCUCGCUCGGAUUGGGGGUCCAACAGAUUAGUAUCGGCCUCAAUUAUCUGUUUCAUAUACCCAAUAACGAUGUCACGCUGGUAGUGAUGAUCUUACUGAUUACCGCGAUGGCACUUAUAUCUGUGUUGACAGGACUUCAUGGGGGUAUCAAACGUCUCAGCCAAUUCAUCAUUAUUCUUGCGUUUUUGCUGGUGGGUGCUAUGGUUAUUCUCGGACCGACGCGCUACAUUUUCCAAAGUCUGUUCGCUGGUGCGAGUCAAUAUGUGGUGAAGAUGAUCCCCCUCAGCAAUUGGACCGGACGCGAGGAUACCACCUUCCUGCACGACUGGACAGUCUUCUAUUGGGCGUGGUGGAUUGCCUGGGCACCGUUCGUCGGCACCUUCAUCGCCCGAAUUUCAAAAGGGCGCACAGUGCGAGAACUCGUAAUUUUUGUGAUUUUUUUCCCAGCACUCCUCUGUUUCGUGUGGUUUAGUACCUUCGGCGGAACCGCACUGGGUCAGCACAUCGUUGAUGGAUAUACGGGCGUGACAGAUAAUGUUGCCGCUGGGAAACUCGAAAUCGCACUUUUUAAGAUGUUUGACGAGCUACCUAUGAGGGUGCUCUUGUCCUCCGUAGCGAUGGUUCUGACACUUCUCUUUUUCAUUACUUCGUCAGAUUCAGGUUCUCUGGUAAUUGACAUCAUCGCAGCUGGCGGAAAGUCGGAUGCUCCGUUCCCCCAACGGGUUUUCUGGUGCUUGAUUGAAGGGUUCGUCGCGAUAGCCCUGCUGCUUGGUGGCGGGUUAGUCUCCUUGCAAGCGGCAGUACUCGCGACCAGCGUCCCUUUUACCCUGGUUCUCCUUGGUAUGUGUCUCUGCUGUGAUUUCAAAAACUUGGAUAGCACAAUUGCAACCGAAGAGUCCCAUUAA